GUACUUUUCUUUCGUCGGUUGUGAUACUUUUAAUGUUAAAUAUCAGGAAAAAAAUGAACUAAUAAUAUAAUAUUGAAUUUUAAUUAAACUGUUAUAUAAUUUUAAGAAAAAAAAAAAUGAUUGUAACCUCGAAUAUUGUAACAAUUGGCCUCGGCUUAGGCUUAACCGCUUUUACGGUAGCUACUAUUGUGUUAGCAGUUCAGAAAGGAAGUUUGAUAAACGAAUUAAAUGAUGCUAGGGAAAAACUUGAUUUAUUGGAGGAGGAAAUUAAGCAUACAUCGACAACGCCAUUGACAACACCGACUACGCCAACAACUUCAACUGCUCCAACAACUCUGCCACCUAAACCUGUAAUAAAUUAUCGCCUUCCCGGAGACAUCAUACCCAAACAUUAUGAUCUUUACUUAUAUCCUCAUGAAAUUUCCGGUCAAUUUUCUGGCCAAGAAACUAUUGACUUGAAGGUUGUCAAAGAAACUCAACAAAUCGUUCUACAUGUUAAAGAUUUAACCAUAACGUAUGUCUCACUUGUAAAAGCACCAGAACUCACAACUGUUGCUUACUUCGAUUUGGACAAAGAACGCGAGUUUCUAAUUGUGCAUACUAAUAAAGUUAUUGCUGAAGGAGCUGAUAUAUCUUUGCUAUUACUCUUUGAAGGUCAAAUGGAAGGUAAAAUUGUUGGAUUAUACAGCAGCAGUUAUAUCAAAGAGGAUGGAAGUUCAAAAACAAUAGCUACGUCCAAAUUUGAACCAACUUAUGCUCGUCAAGCCUUCCCAUGCUUUGAUGAACCUGCAAUGAAGGCAACAUUCAAUAUAACCUUGGCCUAUCCUGCAGAUCAAGACUAUCAUGCUCUCUCCAAUAUGAAUGAAUUGGUUUGUUACUGAAAUAAAGUUCCUGUAAUUUCAAUAAAUAUAUCCUUUUAACAGCAAACUGUUAGUCUUGGAGAUCUAAAGGAAACAACAUUCAAUCAAAGUGUUCCAAUGAGCACUUAUCUGUCGUGUUUUAUUGUUUCAGACUUUGUUGAGAAACAUAGACAAAUUCAAACUCAAGGAAUUGGAGAAGAAUUUACAAUGAGGGUUUUCGCCAGUCCUGAACAAAUUCAAAAAGUUGAUUUUGCUUUGGAUUGUGGGGCAAGGAUUACAGAGCAUUAUAUUCAAUAUUUCAAAGUUGAAUAUCCUCUUCCAAAGUUAGACAUGGCUGCUAUUCCAGACUUUGUUUCUGGUGCAAUGGAAACAUGGGGAUUGGUAACAUUCCGAGAAACUUCUCUACUCUACGAAGCUGGUACAAGUUCGACUGUAAAUAGACAAAGAGUCGCGAGUGUUGUUGCUCAUGAAUUGGCUCAUAUGUGGUUUGGUAAUUUAGUCACCAUGAUGUGGUGGAACGACUUGUGGCUAAAUGAGGGCUUUGCUAGUUAUAUUGAAAAUAAAGGUGUACAUUCUAUCUUCCCUGAAUGGAAAAUGGACGAUCAAUUCAUCAUUGCAACUGUUCAUGGAGUACUUAGUUUAGAUGCAACACUCGGAUCUCAUCCGAUUAUUCAAAAAGUUGAAAAUCCUGAUCAAAUUACAGAAAUUUUUGACACAAUCACAUAUUCAAAAGGAUCAUCGAUUAUUAGAAUGAUGGAAGACUUUUUAACACCUGAAGUAUUCGAAAAAGCUGUUACUAAUUAUUUGAAUCAAUAUAAAUACUCGAAUGCUGUUACUGAUGAUUUUAUGGCUGAAAUUGAUAAAUUAAAUUUGGAUGUGAAUGUUGGUGAAAUAAUGAGAACUUGGACUGAACAAAUGGGUUUUCCAGUGGUUGAAAUUGAAAAAAUUUCUGAACUUGAAUAUAAAUUGACACAAAAACGUUUUCUAUCGAACCCAGAAGAUUAUAAUGGUGUUUAUGAUGAUUCACCCAACUUUAAUUAUAAAUGGUCUAUACCACUAACGUAUUAUACAAAUGAAAGUCCAAAUGUGGAGAGAGCAUGGUUCUUCUAUGAUGUUAAGGAACAUAUUAUCACGCUUCCAUCUGCUGUUAAAUGGAUUAAGUUCAACAAAAAUCAAGUAGGAUACUAUCGUGUCAACUAUCCUAAAGAAAUGUGGGAAUCACUGGUUGCUCAAUUGGUGGAGAAUCCAAGUGUAUUUUCUAUCGGCGACCGGGCAAGUCUUCUUAACGAUGCCUUCUCUUUGGCUGAUUCAACUCAAUUACCCUACGAUACAGCACUUGACAUUACAACCUAUUUAUCGAAGGAAUUAGAUUAUGUUCCAUGGAGUGUUGCAUCUUCUAAACUGACUUCAUUGAAAAACAAAUUAAUGUUUACUGAUAUUUAUAAGGACUACAUUACUUAUGCUAGGAAACUCAUUACUAGCGCUUAUGAAACUUCUGGAUGGACUGUUGGCGAUGAUCAUUUAAAGAACCGUCUUCGUAUAACAACCCUUUCAGCAUCUUGUUCACUAGGCUUGGAGGCUUGCAGCACAGAAGUUUCAAAACGUUUCAAUACAUGGCUGGAAAACCCUACUGAACGUCCACAUCCUGACUUAAGAGAGACAAUCUACUACUACGGAAUGGUAAAUAGCGGAACUGAAGCAAAUUGGGAAAAAGUUUGGAAUCUUUUUAUCAAUGAGCUUGAUGCUAAUGAAAAGAGCAAAAUGAUGUAUGGUUUAGCGGGUAUUCAAUUGCCAUGGAUCUUGAGCAGGUAUGUCCAAUUGGCUUGGGAUGAAAACUACGUUCGUGGCCAAGAUUAUUUCACUUGUUUACAAUACAUUUCUGGUAAUCCAGUUGGUGAGAGUAUCGUUUGGAAUUAUGUUAGAGAAAAUUGGUUAAAACUUGUUGAACGUUUUGGUUUGAAUGAAAGAUAUUUGGGCAAUUUGAUUCCAUCGAUAACAUCGGGUUUCUCAACUCAAACGCAAUUAGAUGAAAUGCAAGAAUUCUUCACGAAAUAUCCUGAAGCUGGAGCAGGUACUGCGGCUAGAGUGAGAGCUCUUGAAACUGUUAAGAAUAAUAUCAAGUGGCUGGAAGAGAACAAAGACAAAGUUGGAGCUUGGUUGCAAAAGCAGAAAAGAUAGUUUUGAAAAUUGAUCUUAUAACAAAUUUAUUUUUUAAUUUUUAGUAUUUUUUUUUUCUAAAUAAAGUGAUUAAAUGUUAUUAAAAAAGA